AUGGGUCAAAUGCGCAUGGGGUGGCUUAUAACAGAUCCAGUUAUAUCACCAGUACAAUACUUUGUUGCAGACACUGACUUAUACCCAUCAUCCAACAAAGCUGAAUUAAUGGCCAUACUGACAGCUCUGACAGUGGUAUCACAAGGAAAGAAAGUAACUAUAAAUACAGACAAUAAAGAAGCAAUCUGCAUGAUCAAUAAUCACCUUCAAGGAGAUCAAACAAAAAUCCUACACAAACUAAACUACCUUUCAAUUAUACAGACAAUCAAACAGAUAAUUAACCAACUCCAACUAAAACUCACUCUUACAAAAGUGGAAGCCCACUCAAACAACUUGAACAACAACAUAGUAGAUAAUCUAAUUAAGAUAACAGAACACAACUGGCUGAAUUUUGACAAGCUGAGAAUCAAUAGAGAGUACAUUAAUAUAUUAGCCAUUCCAACACUCAAGAACAAAAUUAUAGAAGAACCUAUAAAAAAAACUAUUCAAGAAAUUAAUCGCACAGUAGCCUUCUAUAAAUGGAGAAUGCAAAAUCGUACAGUAAACUCAAUUUCUGAAAGGAAAUCACACAACAUAAACUGGCACCUCACACAAAAAACUAAUCACCCAUUCACAUUAUACCAAAAUCCCAAUUCAUUUGAAGACACCAGACAACGCUCAUUCAAACUCAGGUUACAAAACAAUGAACUCCCAACAAUGGACAAACUCCAUUAA